AUGUCGACUCUGCAAGCCAGCUUAGAGCUCUAUCAGAAGCUCCCCGUUCCUGUGAACGAGAAGACAUGUUCUGGAAAAGUCUACAUUGUGACCGGCUCGAACACUGGUCUGGGCCUAGAAACGGCUCGGCAUUUGGUUCUUGCCUCGGCCGCGCGGGUCAUUCUGGCUGUAAGGAAUGUGGCCGCAGGCGAGAAGGCCAAGGUAGAUAUUGAGAAGUCAUCACCAGCUAAGGGAGUUAUCGAUGUGUGGCCUCUAGACCUUGCUUCAUUCUCUUCAAUCCAUACCUUCGCCAAAAAGGUCGCUGAACUUGAUAGGCUCGACUGCCUCAUUUCAAACGCUGGCCUCAUGGUGGAUAAGUGGACCACCGCAGAGGGGCUGGAGACUACCGUCACCGUAAAUGUCGUCAGUACUAUGUUGCUCGGGGCCUUGGUGAUGCCAGUUCUCGCGCGAAGCGGUAGUAUGUAUUCCGACAAGGAUGACAAACCUCGACUCGUCUUCGUUGUCAGUACGUUGGGGUUCCAGAGCAAGAAAGAACUGGAUAAAAGCGUCAAUGGUGUAGUCUUCGAAGGGCUUAACGACCCUAAACGAGCAGACAUGGACAAACGUUAUGCUGUCACAAAGCUUGUUGAGAUGUUCGCAGUUCGACAGUUCGCCAGCCUCUACCCAGUAACACAGACCGGUGUCAUUAUAAACAUGACUGCUCCCGGUCUCUGCUCGACGGGGCUAGGCCACGACGCACGUACAUUUACUCGGAUCUGGGUCAAUUCUGCACGGGCUAUGAUGGCUAGAACGGCAGAAGAAGGAAGCCGCGCUAUUCUUUUUGGCGCAGUGGCGAACGAAGAAAGCCACGGAAAGCUUCUGGCUGGCUGUAAGAUCAAGGACUAUUGGGUGCCUGAUUGGGUUACCAACAAGGACGGACAGCAACUCCAAGAGAAGAUAUGGGCCGAGCUUGCUGGCCGGCUUGAAGAGACCAGUCCGGGUUGUUUAUCCCAACUUGGACAGAAGUGA